AUGUUUCUACAAGCCUUUUACAGGCUUUUAAUAGGCAUCCUUAUUUUGGCCGGUUCUGGGUCUGCUUGUGAAUACUCGCCAGGCAGAUGUGGGGCCUGGGCAGACGGGGAUAUAUGGAUAGGGGUGCUCAAUUCCUGCCAUUCCAAAGUGCAGACACUACAUGUGCGAGAACGUCCAGAAAAAUACAACUGCACAGAAUUAAAUCUCCUUUCGCUUGUAAGGACUCUAGCUGUUGUGCAUACUAUUGAAACGAUCAAUAACUCCAGCUUCCUCCCGGGUGUGCGACUGGGCUACUACAUCUGUGACACUUGCUCUGAUGCAUCAAAGGCCAUUCAGAGCACCGAGCAGCUUCUCGCUGUGAAUGGCACACUGCCUGUCCAAUGUGAGGUGCUUGAAAGGCCUAAUGUAAAAGCAAUCAUUGGAGCUCGUUUCUCAGAAGACUCUCUGGCAGUGGCUCGGCUUCUGAGUCUAUACAUGGUCGCACAGAUAAGCACAACAUCAUCUGCACAAACGCUUAGUGAUAGGGUACGAUACCCAUCGUUCCUGCGCACCAUUCCUAGUGAUGUUCACCAAACCAAAGCUCUGGCUAAUUUCAUGAAACACUUUCACUGGAACUGGGUUGGGGUAGUCUACGGGGAUGAUGAUUAUGGGAAAAAUGCCUUACAAAGCUUCUUAGCUGAAUCAGAAGGUGCAGAUAUCUGUCAUGCUUUUAAAGAAGCAUUGCCUCAUUACCUAGCUCACAAUGAAAUCGACAAAAGGAUCCAAGAGGUGGCAGAAAUAAUCAGUUUAUCCAAAGCUAAAGUUGUGUUACUUAUCUUAAAGGAAGAGCUGGUCUCUAAACUGUUCAAGGAAAUGAUUCGGCAGAACAUCUCGCGUACUUGGAUUGCAAGUGAUGCUUGGUCAAUGUCACGAAAUAUAUCUCGAAUGGAGGGAAUCAACCAAGUAGGUGCCAUUUUUGGGUUCACUUUCAUAACUGGUCCCAAUCCUGGUUUUAAGGAGUUUUUGCAGCAGCUGACUCUUGCUCCGGGCUCUGUAAACCUCUUUCUUGAGGAAUAUAAGCACUGCAAUGAAACUGAUUGCCCUGGAGAACGGGACUUUCCGCCAUGGAAGAUUUACCCAAUUGCCUCCCUUGUGAAAAUGGUACCUGGUCUUUGA